UGUAAUUUUGAAUGCUACUAGAAUGUCGAUUUUUGGUAAGGUUGUUUCCUUGUCGAUCAACGGAUUCCCGUUGAUUACAGGGAACCAAUCAGAACGAUCCACGAAAAGUUAUAUCUGGUUAUAAAAGAGAGAGAGGCAGGGAAUAGAACGAUUGAACUUUAUAAGAAGAGGUUGUAUUCGUUCCAAUCUUAUAUUUUCAGUGAAUGAUAGUACCGAAGCAAUUGUAAAUAUAUAAUUAUUUUGCUAAGAAAAAUGCAAGGAUUCUUAGGUAUUCUAAUAUUAAUAACUGGAGCUUAUGGUCUAUACUCCUCCAAUUCACAUGUUAUAGAUUUAAAACCAAACAAUUUUGAUAGUUUGGUAUUAGACAGUAAUAAUGUAUGGAUCGUGGAAUUUUAUGCACCAUGGUGUGGACAUUGUCAACAAUUAACACCUGAAUAUGAUAAAGCUGCAACUGCUUUAAAGGGCAUUGUAAAAGUUGGUGCAGUAAAUGCUGAUGAGCAUAAAUCUCUUGGAUCAAAAUAUGGAAUUCAAGGAUUUCCAACAAUUAAAAUUUUUGGUGUCAGUAAUAAACCAGAAGACUAUAAUGGACCAAGAACUGCAGCUGGAAUUGUAGAUGCUGCUUUAAAUGCGGUUGGUCAGAAAGCACGUAGAGCUUUAGGAGGUAAAGGAAAUGGUGGAGGUUCUAAGUCUAAAGAUUCCAAAGAUGUAAUUGAAUUAACUGAUGAUAAUUUUGAUAAAAUGGUAUUGAAUUCGGAAGAUAUGUGGUUAGUGGAAUUUUAUGCACCAUGGUGCGGUCACUGUAAAAAUUUAGCUCCCAAUUGGGCAUCUGCAGCUACAGAACUUAAAGGAAAAGUGAAAUUAGGUGCUAUUGAUGCUACUGUAAACAGAGUUAAAGCUAGUCAAUAUGAAAUAAAAGGAUAUCCUACUAUCAAAUACUUUGCACCUGGCAAAAAAUCAUUUGAUUCUGUGCAAGAAUAUGAUGGCGGCCGUGUAAGUAGUGAUAUUGUAAACUGGGCAUUAGAGAAGUUAGCAGAAAAUGUUCCAGCACCAGAAGUAGUCCAAAUUGUAAAUGAAAAAAGCUUGAGAGAAGCAUGUGAAGACAAACCAUUAUGUGUUGUCUCAGUUUUACCACAUAUCUUAGAUUGUCAGUCAGACUGUAGAAAUCAAUAUAUAAAAAUUUUAAAUGAUCUUGGAGAAAAAUACAAACAGAAAAUGUGGGGAUGGGUUUGGGCUGAAGCUGGUGCCCAACCUCACAUUGAAGAAGCAUUAGAAAUUGGAGGCUUUGGUUACCCAGCACUGGCUGCUGUAAAUAUUAAGAAAAUGAAAUACUCGUUAUUGAAGGGAAGCUUUUCUUACGAUGGUAUAAAUGAAUUUUUGCGAGAUUUGAGUUAUGGCCGAGGUGGUACAGCUCCCUUGAAAGGAGCGCAGUUGCCUGAUAUUCUAGAAACAACACCAUGGGAUGGCAAAGAUGCUGAACUUCCACAAGAAGAGGACAUCGAUCUGAGUGAUAUAGAUCUUGACGAAAAGGACGAACUGUAAUUACAAAUUCUGAUUUUUCUCAGAAACAUAUGCACCAUCAUAUAAAUGUGUUAGUAAAAAUAUUUCGAUACUUAUUUUUAUAUAACAUCAUUAUUCUGAGUUAAUACAACUGCAUAUUAAUGUACAAUAACGUAGCGUCAUUAAUAUAGUAUCAGGAAUAUUUUUUUCAUUUCAUCUGAGAUAUAUAUAUCCUGUUAGUUACGUAUAAGUCCUCAGGAACCUCCGGUAUGUUACAUUAAGUGUUUAGAUAUCAAUUCUUCCACUGAAGCCAACUUAAAAGAAAUUUAGUCUAUUAUGUAAAAUUGUGUAUAAUUUAUUUUAAAUGAAAUUAAACAGGUACGUCAUUUUUAUUGAAUAGAAAAAAUGCAUUAUUAGAAAUGCGUCCGCGUAUUUUUAAGCAAUUAUUUGUACAUCUUUUAAAUAAUCAUAGAUUAUACGAAGUUGUAAAACUUUCUAGUAAACAGAAAACGUGUACUUGUCCUAUAAUUGUAUUUAAACUGAAACUUUUUUAUGGAAAUGUUGUAAACAUAAAAUAAUAAUACAUAACAUAUUAAUGUGCAUUCCAUAAGAUACUUUAGUUUUCCCUACAAUGGGACCAAAGUAACUACUAUCAUCAUUCACAUUGCUGAUCUUUAGGUUUUUCAAGAUCUCAUUAUUUGACUGAGUUAUGUCACGUCUUCCAUCGUGAUUAUAGCAACUAACUUUAUAUCGUUAUUUAAAAUUAUGACAUAAAAUAUGUUUAUACUU